AUGUCCACUGCUCCAAUACCUCCAGCUGCUUACCCAUGGAACAUACCAGGUCGUAUCGCUGAGCUCAAGGCGAUAAUUAACAAUCCUGAAACAAGCGAUGAGCAGAAGAUAAAUGUGCAAGUAGCAAUCAACCUCUACGGUGGGAAGAUGCAGCCUAUACCGCGCGUCUGCAUCCAGGGUGGAAAGGUUAUAAAUCUUCAAAAGCUUGAUUUCUCCCGCCCGUUCUGGAUGGAGGUACUUUCACUUUAUCAUUCCCUGAAGCUGGUUUAUCCCCUGUUCUCUGCUUACCCAUUUUCCAUCCAGGGCUAUCUCCAACAACUCUCAGCACAGACUGCAAUUCCCGCCACCGAGCCAGCGUCAUAG